AUGUGCGGUAUCUUAGCCCUCAUCCUCGCCAACACGAGCGAGGCCGCCAGCGUCGACCUCCAUGAAGCUCUGUACCUGCUCCAGCAUCGCGGUCAGGACGCCUGUGGCAUCGCCACUUGCGCGUCUGCUGGCCGUAUCUUCCAGUGCAAGGGCAAUGGAAUGUGCGGCAAAGUCUUCCAGGAUGGUCAGCGGGUUGCAGACUUGCCUGGAUUUAUGGGAACUGCCCAUCUUCGAUACCCUACGGCGGGAUCGAGUGCCAACGCCGAAGCCCAGCCUUUCUACGUGAACAGCCCCUACGGCAUCACACUCGCGCACAACGGGAACUUGAUCAACGCCCCAGAACUAAAGCAUUUUCUCGACUACGAAGCACACCGACACAUCAACACAGACAGUGACAGUGAGCUGAUGCUCAAUGUCUUUGCCAACGAGCUAAACGAGACCAAGAAAGCGCGUGUUAAUGUGGAGGAUAUCUUCGCCGCCCUCAGCAGGAUGUACGAACGUCUUGAGGGAGGGUGGGCGUGCACUGCCAUGUUGGCUGGAUUCGGUGUGCUCGGCUUCCGUGACUCGUACGGUAUCCGGCCACUGAUCCUCGGCUCGCGGCCUUCUCGCAGCGGUCCGGGUAUGGACUACAUGAUGGCCUCCGAGUCCGUGGCUCUUGACCAGCUAGGCUUCACUAACCACCGUGAUAUCAUGCCGGGUGAGGCUGUGAUUAUUCAAAAGGGCCAUGAACCAGUGUUCCGCCAGGUCCACCCAAAGCUAAACUAUACGCCUGAUAUCUUUGAAUAUGUAUACUUUGCCCGCCCGGACUCUGUCAUUGAUGGAAUCAGCGUCUACCGCGCCCGGCAGCGCAUGGGUGAAAAGUUGGCCAAACGAAUCGUCGACACUCUUGGCCCAGAGGUCAUCAAGGGCAUUGAUGUCGUGAUACCUGUGCCUGAAACCUCGAACACUUCCGCAGCCGCCCUCGCGCGAUUCUUGGAUAAACCAUACUCACAAGGUUUCGUGAAGAACCGAUAUGUGUUCCGCACUUUCAUCAUGCCAGAGCAGAAAGCGCGACAAAAGGGAGUACGAAGGAAGUUGAACGCCAUGGCAUCCGAAUUCAAGGGCCGAAAUGUCCUGCUAGUCGAUGAUAGUAUCGUCCGUGGCACGACAAGUAGAGAAAUCGUCAUGAUGGCGAGAGACGCCGGGGCAAAAAGUGUCUUACUCGCUAGCUGUGCUCCCGAGAUAUCACACCCCCACAUCUACGGCAUCGAUCUAGCCUCUCCACAAGAACUCGUCGCUCAUGAUCGUGACCUCAAGGCCAUCACCGCCUACAUCGGUGCGGACGCAGUCAUCUACCAAACCCUCGAUGAUCUUAAGGCUUCCUGUGCUGAAAUAUGCACUGAAAGCGGCCAUUCAGAGCCCGUGAAUUUCGAAGUUGGUGUUUUUAAUGGCACAUACACCACUCCCGUCUCAGCCACGUACUUUGAGCACUUGGAGAAAAUUCGCGGUGAAGGCAGAAAGAUUAAGAGAGUUGAGAGUGCAAGAACCGCCGUGCUGAACGGGGCCGUUAGCCAGGAGAAUCUGCUCCUAGCUUCGAGUAAAGUAGGCCUGGAUGAGAACGGUAAGCCGCUCGUUACCCAGACAGUCAGGCCGGUGGACGUCCCCAACCCCGGUGCCGCCAAUUCGUCUUCGCCGGCGCAAGCGAAUAACAACAACCGCCAUGAUGCGGGAGACGCUACGCCCCAUGUCAAGGAUAGGAUGGACAUUAGCAUCCAUAACCUUGGCGAUUAUUGA